GCAACCUCUGUGGUCAGCGGAAGUAAAUGUGGUGUUUGUAGCUUAUUUUGACAUUUACUGUUAGGUAUAUGGACUACUUUCCGUAGCACCGUUAACCGAGCAUAUAUUGUUGUACAUCACUAGUGUUUAAAACAACGAUAAUGUGAAGCGACUAGUCAAGUCCAACAAGCAUGCAGGGAAUUUAAACCUGAUGGAAACGUUUUUGUAUAAUCGCUAUGCUCUCCUUAAAGUGGAACCCAAAUUGUAAUACCGUUCUAACGCCAGACAGAUUUGCAAACCGUACCUUAUCCUGGAGGUGAAAAUUUGCAUGUGAGCCGAAGGGAGGAGGCGCACUCCACUGAUAUUCAUUCAAAGUCGUGUUGACAGUGAUGUGAAACUAAUGCUGCACUUCCUCUGCGAAUUUUUGUUUACCAAGAAUAUAGUGCACUGUUGCUUGCCGUGUGCUUGUGAAACAAUGACUCGAUACAAAAUGUAAAUAUGCAUAAUAAAGCUUUUUUGUUUGGAUUCGUAUAUUCCUUAAGGGGCUGUUUAGUUUCUGGUGCCUCAACUGGUGAAUGCACUGACCUACACGGAAGAAUUAUUGCUCCAGGCCUUCAUUACGUUCCCGGUCCAGAUUCGUGCACAUUAUGCAUUUGCGACAGUGGAAGCCCAAAGUGGUGUAAGGCAGUUCUUUGUUCGCCGCCACAGGAUUGCAAAUCCUUUCGGCUGGGCAAUUCGUGCUGCGAGUUUAUCUGCCUUGAUACACUUGAAACACUCCAGAAGCCUUCAGGAGAUUCAAACCAUGAGAGCACGACUGACUUGGGCCUCCGGCUGAUAGCAUAUGCCAUCACUGUGGUGCUGUUCUUGUCCCUUUUUUUCUUCCUUGUGCACCGAUUUAGGCAACGCAAACUCAGAGGACGACAGAAUAGACAGCUGAGUGAAGAUGAACGCAGCUUAGGCAGUAUUGGAUAUAUUGCAGGAAGCCUUGCUUAUUUGCCAGGCAGUGUAGGCAGUUACCUUGGAUCAGCGGCAGCAGCAGAUCCCCAUCAUCACCACCACCACCAUUUGGAAUUCCGAUAUGGAAAUGAAGAAAAUGGUGCUCAUUAUCCACUGUGGAAACCACCUGGGUCUUCCUCAAGUAAUGGUGCUGGUUAUUUUCCCCGUGGUGAAGCACCGCCACCUUAUGAAGAGGCAGUGGCUGCAGCUAGGGCAGAGGCUGCCCUUGCGGUUGCUGUUGCAGCUGGAAGCUUGGGGACCACUACUGUCGGAGCUGGAGCUGUUACGAGUGGACUCGGUACAGGCCAUCGAACAAUACCCAUCAACUUGGCCACCAGUGGCAGCUUCCGCAUCGAAACAGCACCUGUGCCGGCAGUUCCUGUGACUGAGGCUGGUGUAUCCAGACCUGCAGCUGAGGCACCACCUGCUGCUCCAACAGCAGCACCACGGCGUCAGCGUCCUUCAUCCUCUGUAGCGGGAAAUACAGAAAUGACUGGUGCCCAGUCUGUUCAUGCACGUUUGGUCGAACAAGGUUCUAGCCAGCCGAUGCCAUCCAGCCGCUCAGAAGACAUCAUACGCUCGGAUGUCUUCUAUGAGGAUGUGUUAGUGGGACCACCGUCAGCUCUUGCGUCAGUUGAAAGUUUCAAUCCGAGGAACAGUGUUGCUGCAGCAGUUCCGGUCUCAUCAUUACAAGUCCUCCCUCCACCUCCUGAGGAGGGACCCACUUCUCCUGAAACACGUCCACGACUUGAUGAUGUUGGCAAGGGUCCGUCACUAGACAGCAGUAACACGGCUUGUAGCUGCUCUUUCCAGUGCCUGCCACCCCCUCCAGUACUACCAACAGACGAUAAUGACGAUUAUCGCAGUGAGUGUGAGAACUGUAAGAGUACUCCCCAUGGGUCCAGUUAUUACCUGGAUGAGGAAGGGGAAGGUGAUGCUCCACAGCAAGAGACUAUGACGCUUCAUCGGCGGCCAGAACAUGAUGAAACAGCUGAGCAAAGAGGUUAUUACCGUACAUCACUCACACUCCCCACAAAUACCCGCAGGACCAGAACUGGAUCCAGCGGUGCACCUCUCCAUGGCACAAGGGAGAAUUGGUUCAGCAGCAUGCCAGCUUCAUCUACAUCAUCUACUUCAUCAGAGGAAGAAUGAAGUUUUCCUCUGUCUAUAUGUGAUUUUUUUCCUUUCUUUAAAGAAAUUUAGUUAUUGCUCAGAGCAGACAGCUGUUUUAAUGCAUUUUAGACAGGUAUUUUCUGAUACUGAACAUUGCUCAAAAGAAGAGUUUUUUACUAUUCUUUUAUCUACUUGAAUGAUUUGGGUCUUCCAGAUUGACAGAAACA